AUGCCGUCGUCGUCGUCGCCAGCACAACAGUCCGCUCGCCAGGCACCAGCCAUGCCAGACCAAAAGCAACAAGAGGACGAGUACCGUCAGACGACAUACCACAAUGGACGCAGUAUCCAGAUCGAGGAGUCUCGUCGUCGCUCCUGGGCGGUCCGCAAGGUCGACUCUCCAGUCCAGACAUAUGCCGACUUCGUAUUGUAUCCCGUGGAGAACGAGCGUACAAGCCCACGAAGCAAACUUCAGCAGGUCGAGCUACCUCACCCCGCACCGCGAGAAGUGGCCGCAGGACCCGCAUGUGUCGAAAAGAAGAGAGAAGCCAGUCGUCCUUCAUGGGGCGGCAAAGUCGAAUCGAGAAUCGUUGGUGGAGUCGAAGUGGGCUUUACACUCCUCUGCUGGUCCAACGCCUCCUCCUACGCCUAG